AUGUUAACCGCCGGAAAGGAGGGAAGUGCUCUCUCCAUACCAGAGGCGAUGGAUACCCGUCCAGCCGCCAGGCGCCGCCUCCAAUGUGGCAGUGGCGGCGGCGGCGGCGUCACUUCCGCUGCGAGGACUGGUGGCUCUCCGGCCAUGGCGGAGGAGGUCGAGAUGCCUCCUGCGCAUCCAGAUUUCGCUGACGGAGUGUUUCAGGAGGACGGCGAUGAAAUUAGGGCAUUGUCCGGAGGAGAGGGCCGAGAAAUCUUCCACCACGGUGAGCAAACAGGUCGACCGCCGGCGAGUUCUCCGACGAAUCUACUAGACGGUGUUAUUCACAGGGUCGGGAAUCUACCCGGGGGGAAGCGUUUCCAAGACCUUCUUCUCAAGCGCGGAGACGAUAUUCUGAGCAUCUCCGAUUUCAACGAGAUUCUUCUCACCGCGGUCAGGCACGGCGAGCCCGAUUCCGCGGAGCUCCUGUUCUCCGAGCUCCCAGCGUACGGAUUAUCACCAAAUUGCUGGACCUUCUCGAUCAUGAUCCAGCACCUGUGCAAGGAGAACGAACCAGAGAGGGCGAAGGAGUUCUCCGACGAGAUGAUCAGGAGUGGGCUUCCCCCCACUGUCGCCUCCUUCACCUUCCUCAUCUAUCGUCUCUGCAAGAAGGGGAGGUUGCAGUCGGCGUACGAGCUCUUCAUGGCGAUGGGCAGGGUCGGCUGCAGCCCCACGAUCCAGACCUACAACUGCCUGCUCAACGGGCUCUGCUAUGUGGGGAGGAUAGAGGAGGCUCUGCAACUGCUGCAGAAGAUAAGACUCUCCCCUACCCUGAAACCGGACAUUUUCACCUUCACGACGGUCAUCGACGGAUUCUGCAAGGUGGGCAGGACCGACGAGGCCAUCGAGCUGCUAGAUGAGGCCCUAAUCUCUGGGGUCAACCCGAAUAUCGUCACCUUCAACGCUCUGGUCAACGGGUUCUGCAGGGAAGGACGGUCCCUGGAAGCGGCCGGCCUCCUCCGGGAGAUGAGGGGCGGAGACUGCCCCCCCGACCACAUCACCUACUCUACCCUGCUGCAGGGGCUCCUGAGAUCCGGGGAGUUGCCCACUGCCCUGAAAAUUCACGCGGAGAUGAGGGAAGCAGGGCUGAAAGCGGAAACCCGCGUGAUGAACUCACUUCUCAGAGGAGCUUGCAGGAGGAGCACCUCAGAUCCAGGAUUCUUGGAGGAAGUGGAGAGGCUUUCAGAGGAAAUCGUUGAGCUCGGAGGCCACUGCAUCUCACCCUACACCUACUGCCUGAUGGUCCAAGCUUUCGUUAAUGGUAGGCGCUCGGACAAGGCGUUGACGCACCUGGUGGAGAUGGAGAGGAUGGGGCUCUCUCCCUGGGCGUUGACCUACGACAUGGCCAUCAGAGUCCUCUGCGGCCAGGGGAGAACGGACGAUGCUGUGCUGGUUCUGGUGAUGAUGACCAGGGCGAAGAGGAUUCCAAGCUCCUACGCCUGCGAGAAGCUUCUCGCCGAGUUGAAUCGGCGCGGAAGGUUUCUCGAUGCCUGCUCCGUCUAUGCGGCGGCGGUGAAGAAGGGUGUUCGUCUCUGCCGACAGCCGAGGAAGACCCUGUAA